ACAGCAGCGUCUACUUACACUUUGAAGCUGUGGACACGUCUGGACGCGCCAUUCUGCUGCCUGCGCACUCUGAUCCUCGAGCACUUUGAUCCUCCCUCUCCUUCCUCUACACCGAUUCUCCUCUCCCGCAACUGGCUUAGAGCAAAAAAAAUGGCCAACGUUAUAGCCAACUCGGGCCACGAUGACAUGAUACAUGAUGCUGUUCUGGACUACUAUGGCCGACGAUUAGCGACUUGUUCUUCGGACAAGACAAUCAAAAUCUUCGAGGUCGAAGGCGACAAGCACACAUUGGUAGAGACGCUCAGAGGACACGAAGGUGCUGUGUGGAGUGUCGCAUGGGCGCACCCCAAGUACGGCAACAUCCUCGCCUCCUCCUCGUACGACGGCAAGGUCCUCAUCUGGCGCGAGCAGUCCAACAGCUGGCAGAAGAUUUACGAGGUCGCUCUUCACACUGCCUCGGUCAACCUUGUCGCAUGGGCACCCCACGAGGCAGGCUGCCUACUCGCAUGUGCUUCCACCGAUGGCAAUGUCUCCGUACUCGAAUUCAAGGACAACAACUGGACACAUCAGCUUUUUCAGGCUCAUGGAAGUGGCGUCAACAGCGUAUCAUGGGCUCCUGCUAUUGCGCCUGGACAAGUCGUCAGCGCGGGCGGCAACCAAGUGGCGGCAAGGCGGUUGGUGACUGGUGGAAGUGACUGCCAGGUCAAAAUCUGGGAAUUCAGCCCCGACAGCGGCAGCUGGCAAAACCUGCAGAUACUCCCGGGUGGUCACCUGGACUGGGUGCGCGACGUGGCCUGGUCACCCACUGUUUUGUCAAAGUCAUACAUUGCCUCUGCCUCCCAGGAUAAAACUGUCAUCAUCUGGACCUCUUCGGACUUGCGAGGCGAAUGGAAGCGCACUAAGCUCGAUGUUGAUGCCGCUGCCUGGCGUGUCAGCUGGAGCUUGAGUGGCAACGCCUUGGCCGUGAGCACUGGCGAUAACAGGGUCAGUCUCUGGAAGGAGCGGCUCAGUGGCGGAUGGGAGUGCGUCAAGACAAUUGAGGAGUAGAUUGUUGUGCAAAAGGAGAGCUGGACCUUGUAGUACAUUCAACCUCAGUUAGACAGUCGAGUGUAAUUAUACAUGAUGAAUGCCUAUUUGCCAUUGUGAUGGAGUGCUUCAUA